AUGCCAUCGUCUGCUAUCACGCCCAUCGUUAGACAGGCGAUCAAGCUCCGCCUGAAGGAGUUGGAACAUACCAAACAGUCCUUCGAGCAGCGAUAUCUCCUAGAUGCGAAGCAGUCUGAAGAACCCAGUGUUGUCAGAAGAAUCGAAGGGCUUUUGGAAGGGAUCGAAAACCUUGAUCCAAAGUUUGACAAGCAGAAUGGUAACUGGACGUCAGAAACCACCAAGCGAUGUAUUGAACAAGCCCGUGAUGGUGGGAUCGUUACCGAGAAUAAGCUGCUGAAGCUUGAGAAGGGUCUCCUGGAUCAGCUGACCAGGUUCCGGAAUCGCAUGGAAGUAUCGUGCCUACAUUCGCGACUCAUAAGAGAGGCUCUGGACGCGGAGACGGACAUGGCCGUGGAAGAUGAUUUCGACGUUAUUGAUGACGACCGUGAAGAUGCUCUGAAAGAUUUUGAAGGGACAUGUUCGCAGCAGACAACUGUGGAUAGCUCCUCGAUUAAUGAAUAUCUUUCAGGCUUAUUCGCAGGCGAAGAAGACCAUUUGCAAGCUAUUCGCAACGGAAUGCGAGCAUACGGAAGUGAUCUUAGCAACGGAAACAUUGAAGUCGAUCAAGAAACUCUCAAAUGA